AUGUCGUCUUCAGCCCCCGACGACACACAGGCCUCGCGCCUCGAUGCCGAUCAAAUCUCGACGCGCAGUUCAAACUACGCCUCAGAUAACGACACCGAUUCUACCGAGACCCGCAUCCAGCGCAAUAAAGAAAAGCAAGCUAUCCGUCUUCUCGCCUUCAUAUCAGCCAACAUCAUCGCCCUCGCUUGUGGUUCCAUCGUCGUCUUCUCCCUCUACGCGCCUCUUCUACAGUCCCGUCUACAUUAUUCACAGUUCCAGGUCAACGCAGUCGCCAUCUCGGGCUCUGUCGCAUUGUACCUUCCUAUUUCGGGCGUCGGAUAUAUAUGCGAUCGCGUUGGUCUAAAACCGCUUGCACUGACGGGAGGAAUCCUGUUCGGUAGCGGUUAUGGACUUGCAGCGGGUGUUUACAGGAAGCUGGAUCUUGAGUGUCGUAGUCAUCCUGAAUAUCGGGUCGAUAACGACUGGUCGCUUCCGUUCUUGAUGAUAUCCUUUGUCUUUGUCGGUGUGGCGACUUGCUGUCUUUAUAUGGCUGCUGUGUCGUCUUGCGCAAAGAACUUUGGAAAGGGCCGAUACAGAGGUUUGGCGCUGGCUACACCCAUUACUUGUUUCGGCUUGAGUCCCAUGUGGCUGAGUCAAGCGGGAACUCGUCUGUUCUCUGAGACACGAUCGGAUGGGGGCAAAGGCGACUUGGAUGUGUUCCGCUUCUUCCUCUUCCUGGGGAUCCUCACCUUUUCUAUGGGUAUCCUCGGUACCUUUACACUGCGUGUCGUAGAUGAAGAUGAGCUUAUCGACGAGGCUAUCGAAGAGCUGGAACAGAGCGGUCUACUCGACGGCAGCUCUUUACUCGGCCGGUCCGAGCGGAGCUACGGUGCAACUGGCGAAGAAACAGAGAGCUCAGCACUACUUGACCCGGCAAAAGACAAUGCCAAAUGGAAGAAGAACUGGGUUCUCAACGCUGAAACGCGUUCGUUUCUUUCCGACCGUACCAUGUGGCCGUUCGCUCUCGCUUUCUUGCUCAUUGUUGGCCCAGGCGAGGCAUUCAUCAACAACCUUGGAACAAUUAUCGGAACGCUUACGCCCCCUGAAAUGGAGGGUCUAAGCCAUCGUACCUCUGCGGCGACGCAUGUCUCCAUAUUCGGAAUCACCAACACCGCCUCGCGAAUUUUCAUUGGUACACUUACAGAUUUGUUGGCACCGUACCCCCAGACACAGCAUGUUCAAGGACCUCAGACACGCUCUGCAGUGAGCAGUCGGUUCUCCAUCUCCCGAAUUGCCUUUAUGGCAUUUUUCGCAACCAUGCUGUCUGUCGGUCUUCUCAUUCUAGCCUCAGGUCUGGUCCAGAACCAUGCUGAGCGCUUCUGGCUUGUUUCUGGCCUUGUGGGUGCAGGUUAUGGAGCCAUCUUCAGCCUUACACCUCUUAUUGUGACGAUUAUCUGGGGCGUUGAGAAUUUUGCUACCAAUUAUGGUCUCAUUGGCAUGCUGCCGGCUGCCGGAUCGACAUUCUGGGGACUCAUUUACUCAGCGACGUAUCAGAACGGCGCAAACAACCCAAAGGCAGGCCCGGAGGGUCACGACCGGGAUGACUUGUUCUGCUACGGAGAGCAGUGCUAUGCUCCGACAUAUUGGGCCGAGACUAUUACCGUUUGGAUUGCUGUAGGAUUGUUGCUCUGGGCUUGGAAGGGUAGAGGGGGUUGGUCGCAGCGUGGAAUCAUCAUCUAG